AUGACUGGGCUUACUGGGUUGUCUCUCCAGAACAACUCACUUUCUGGACCCAUCCCUGAUCUUCACCUCCCUAAACUGAGGUAUUUGAAUUUGAGCUACAAUAACCUUAGUGGGCCCAUUCCAGCUGCUCUGCAGAAGUUUCCAGCCAAUUCUUUCUUGGGGAAUGCUUUUCUAUGUGGGCUUCCCCUGGAACCAUGUCCAGGAGCAACACUUUCUACUCCUUCUAAUGCAGCACCUCCCCCGAAUUCUAAAGAUGGUCCCAAGACCAUAGUCAUUGCAGCAGCUGUUGUAGGAGGGCUAUUAGUUAUUGUUGUCAUUGCGAUAAUCUUGGUACUAUGCUGCUUCAAGAGGAAGGGAGGUGGGGAUCCUGAGGAAGCAGAGAGGAACAAGCCAAGAGCUUCAUCAUCCAAAGGCAAAGGAAGAGCAGAAUACAGCAGUGGUAUCCAAGAAGCAGAGAGGAACAAGCUAGUUUUCUUUGAGAGCUGUUCUUAUGAUUUCGACUUGGAUGAUCUGUUGAGGGCUUCAGGUGAAGUCAUUGGAAAAGGAAGCUACGGUCCGACCUACAAAGCUGGUCUUGAGGAUGGCACGACAGUGGUGGUCAAGAGGCUGAAGGAGGUGGUGGCGGGAAAGAAGGAAUUCAAACAGCAAAUGGAGAUAAUCGACAGGCUUGGCCAGCACCAGGGUGUUGUUCCCUUGCGUGCUUUCUAUUACUCCAAGGACGAGAAGCUCUUGGUCUAUGACUAUGUUACACCGGGUAGCCUUUCAGCUGCUUUGCAUGGGAACAGAUCUGAUGGAAGAGCACCACUGGACUGGGAGACGAGAGUGAAGAUAUCGCUCGGCGCCGCACGAGCGAUCGCUCAUCUUCACACCGGAGCAGGCGGCAAGUUCAUCCACGGCAACAUCAAGUCGAGCAACGUCCUCCUCUCGCGGGAUCUCAGCGCGCACGUCUCCGACUUCGGCCUCUCGCAGCACAUGGCCCCCCUUCAGUUCCACCCGCGGCUCGUCGGGUACCGCGCGCCGGAGGUCCGGCAGGCCAAGAAGCCGACCCAGAAGUCGGACGUGUACAGCUUCGGCGUGCUGCUACUGGAGAUGCUGACAGGGAAGGACCCCCUCUGGUCCCCCAGCCGCGACGGUUACGUUGGGCACCUCCCGAGGUGGGUGCUGGCCGUGGUCCGGGAGGAGUGGACCUCGGAGGUGUUCGCCGAGGACCUGCAGAGGCAGCCCAACACCGAGAACGAGAUGGUGCAGCUGCUCAAGGUGGCCAUGGCGUGCGUCACCAUUUACCCCGACCAGCGGCCGAGGAUGGAGGAGGUCGUGAGGAGGAUCGAGGAGAUCCGUAGCUCCGGCUCCAGCUCCGGCCCCGGGACGACGACGAGGACCUGCCCCGAGGACAAGCCAAGGGAGGAGCACACUGUAGUUGCGAGGUGGCCAGCGUGGUCGCCCAAUAGUUCUUUCUAA